AUGAUGAAAAUAAUAAAUUAUGAAAAAUACCUGUCAAGAUGCAAAAUAUCAAUCUUGAACAAGAAAAGAGAAGUAAGACUAAAUAAUACUACACAGUUAUUUAUAAGCAUUUUUUGGUUUUACUUGAGUGCUGUCCUUAUCAGUACUUUCUGCCUGGGUAUCGAAUAUAUAGAAUUUUUAGAAUUUUAG